AUGUUUGAGGAGAUAUACGCUGAUAGUAACAAAUCUAACAGUAAAAAAAAGAACAAGCAGUUGCAGUUUCUUCUUUCUAGAUAUAUAGAGCUUGAAAAAUUUCAAGACAUCAGCAAUGAUGCCAGAUUGACAACUGAACAAAAGAGCCUCUUGAAGAAGAGAAGAAACAAAAGAAAAAUCUUACAAGGCAUUCACGAAGAUCGCAUCAAACGAUAUAAGCCAGAAGAAAGUUAUGAAACUUGGCAUACUUCAAAUACUGCUAGAGAUGAUGAGCAUCAUGAUGAUUUCCUCCCUAAUGCCCUAAAUGAAAUAGAAAACAACAGACCAAGUGAUGAUGAGAAUUAUGAGAAUGAUAAUGGUGAAAUAGAUGAUAAAAUAAAGAAGUUUAACAGCUCAUUCGAUAUUUCAAGCAACUGGACAAAAGCACAUUUUUUGAUAAGAACAAAAGGACUUGAGGUUUUACCUAUUGAAAAUUACGAAAAUGCUCCAAAUCAAAGAGUGAAUGUAAUGAAACAGCAUCUUGAUAAUUUAAAGAUGCUCUUACAUUUAAAUGUGCUUAGUAGAAAGUGGGAUCUUGCCUAUAAAGUCUUUUGUCUUUUAGUAAGAAUACCCAAAGUCGACAUUAGAACUAUUUGGCCCAUUGGAAUAGAGAUUUUGAGUAAGCGAAGUCAAGAGAUAGACACUAAUGAACUGAGUUCGUUAUUGAUAUUUAAAGAAGAGAAAUUUUUUGACUGGCUAUCAUCAUUUUUCAUUACAAGGCGAACAACUAGUAAUUCUAGAACCUACAGAGAAAUAUCAGCUCCUGCUUGGAGAUCAGGGUCUAAGAGUCAUACCCCUUUAUAUGUAAUUUCAUCUUUAUGGGAGUUGAUGUUUGAAAAGAAGUUUUCAAAGCUUAAGUCCAAGCUAGAGGAGCUAUUAUUAGAACCACCAUAUAACUGUGACGGUGUAUUUUACUAUUUGAUGGCCCUUUGUGAGCUCUCUGAAAGCAUUGUUUUAACAGAUAAAUUUCAUAGUGAAAACCAAUCUUUCGGGGCUUCUCUGACAGACGCAAUAGGUAAUUACAACGACGGUAGAACCGAGUCUCCUUUGCACAAUCAAAUUUUGGAGCAUAUCAAAACAAUGGAAAAAAACUUGGAUAAAUGCAAAACGUUUCAAUUUUAUUAUCCAGUUGAGCCCUUGAAUAAGGAAGUGAAUCGAAUUUUCGAAGUCUUGAAUGUUAAGAGGGCCAAUUCUUUUCACGAUUCGGCUGAGGAAUCUGAUGACCCUGAUAGCUAUGGAAAUGCAACGUUUCCUCUAAACUUGCCAGAAGAGACCGAGUCACCAAACGAUGACGACAAUGUUGAUGAAUUUCCUGAUGAUGAUGGCAUUGAAAGAGAAUCUUCUGAUGAAAUUAAUGCAAAAGAUUCUAAUGACUCUCUUUGGAUUGGUGCAAAUGCAUAUGAUCCUAGUAAUGAAGAUAAUGAAGAUCAAUCAAAUAAGCUUGAUUUCGAGUUUGAUUUCGAGUGA